AUGGGAGAGAUAGAUCCAGCCUUCAUACAAACACCAGAGCACAGGCCAAAGCUUUCUAUCACUGAAGCAGAGGGCAUCCCUGUAAUAGACCUCUCCCCUUUAUCAUGUAACUCUUCUUCUAUCACAGACCCUUCUUUUGAAGACCUUGUGAGGAAAAUAGGCAGUGCAUGCAGAGAUUGGGGGUUCUUCCAAGUGAUCAACCAUGGAGCCCCCGUUGAGAGCAGGCAUAAGAUGGAAGCAGAAGCAAGGAAGUUCUUUCACCAGAGCAAGGAGGAGAAGAGUGAGGUGAGAAGGGAUAGUGUGCAUGUUAUAGGGUACUUUGACUCUGAGCUUACCAAGAAUGUUAGGAACUGGAAGGAGGUGGUUGAUUACACUGUGGAGGAACCUACCUUGGUGCCAGCUUCAGUCGACCCUCAUGAUCAACAACUCACUCAUUGGUAUAACAAGUGGCCCCAACACCCACCAGAGCUCAGAGUGGCAUUGAAAGAGUAUGGGGAGCACAUGGAAGAGCUAGCACUGAAGUUAAUGGAGCUUAUUGCAUUGAGCUUAGGUUUGCCACCAAAACGGUUCCAUGGUUUCUUCAAAGAUCAAACUAGCUGGAUCAGGCUCAAUUUUUAUCCACCUUGCCCUUCACCUCACCUUGUUUUGGGGCGUGGUUGCCACAGGGAUAGUGGUGCUUUGACUGUGCUUGCUCAAGAUCAUGUUAAUGGGCUCGACAUCAAGAAAAAAUCUGAUGGUGAAUGGGUUAGAGUCAAACCAGCACCUAAUGCAUAUAUUAUCAAUGUUGGAGAUGUAAUUCAGAGUGUUGAGCAGAGAGUUAUGUUGAACUCUGAGAAGGAAAGGCUUUCAUAUCCAUUCUUUCUGACUCCUGCACAUUACACCAUGGUGCUGCCUUUGGAAGAGCUGCUAAAUGACCAAAACCCUGCCAAAUAUAGGCCCUACAAUUUGUCACAAGGAAACGUAGAAAAUAUUCAAAUAUAUGAUUUCAAGAUUAAUUAG